CAGCGUCGUUCGGGAGUUUGGACGCGGGGGGUUCGUCCCGUCAGGAGGACUAGCCGGGAAUCGACGCGCCUGUGGAAGAUGUAUUCCGCCAGAUAUCAGUACGCUGGUCAGAAUGAGCAGCAUGAGAAGGUCGACUUUUUAACCAAUAAAGAGAAAAUGUCGUCCAAACGAAAGACCGGCGUUGUGGUUGGGGUUCUUGUGGCUCUCCUGGUCUUGGCGGCCGUGGCAGCCUUCCUCAUUUGGCUGUUUGUCUUCAAAGAUGCAGACUCGGAGGCCACCCUUAGCGAGAAGCGAGUCCCGGCAGUGCUGGUAUUCAGUGGGCACAUGAAGCUGGUUGACAUGACCUAUGACCCGAAGCUGGAGGACACCAGUAGCAAGAACUUUCAGAUGCUGGCUGAUGACCUGGAAGAAAUUCUGGAGAUAAACUACAAGAAAGACCCUUUCCUGGCAAAAUACUACACCAAAUCUGUGGUCACAGCGUUCAGUGAGGGUGUGAUAGCUUACCACUGGACCCAGUUUAAUGUUCCGGCCGAUGACCUGGAGAUGGUGCCGGAGUUUUCUGAGGAGCGGGUUCUGGAGAUGCUGUGGAAAGGCAUCAGGAAGCAGGGCAAGCAAAGCCACCAGGAUAUCAAGAUCAGUGAAGUUACCGCCUCAUACACAGACCCACGGAUGGCGAGGAACCCUAGAGCCAAGGAGUGUUUCUACCGUCUUGAGGCUGAAACCAACGUGCAGAGCUUCCAGUCCCCGGGCUUCCCGGCCAAAUAUCCCCCCAAGUCCCGCUGCCAGUGGCAGAUCAGAGCCCCGGAGAAGCACGCCAUCGCCGUAAGGUUCUCUCACUUCCACAUCGAGGAUGACUGCUCCAACGACUUUGUCUCCAUCUAUGACUCCCUGAGUCCAGAUGAGUCACAGGCCAUCACAGAAAAGUGCGGUCAGAGGCCCCCAACCAACCCUCUACAGGUGGUGUCAUCCAGCAACAUCAUGCUGAUCAACCUGAUAACAGACAGUGCUAUCCAGAGACCUGGAUUCAGGGCCGAGUACAACAUCAUCCCCCUAUCUACAGCCAAAACAUGCGGAGGCCGCCUCACCGACAGCCAAGGGAAAUUCAGCUCCCCACAUCACCCGAGUUUCUAUCCCCCCGCCCUAGACUGCAAGUGGACCAUCGAGGUUGCUGCCGGGAAGAAGGUGCGGGUUAAGUUCUCUAUUUUCCGCAUGAAGGAGCCAGGGGUGGACAUCCGGGUGUGUCAUAAAGACUAUGUGGAAGUUAUGGGCACCAAGUACUGUGGAGAAAUGUCCUCUUUGGCUCUAACCAGUCAGACCAACAUCCUAGAGGUGACCUUCCAUUCAGACGAGUCAUUCACUGAUAAAGGCUUCAAUGCUGAGUACAACGCCUACGAUCCUGCCAACCCUUGCCCAGACCAGUUCGCCUGUGCCUCUGGGAUCUGCAUCUCCAAAGACCUGCAGUGUGAUGGCUGGAACGACUGUGGCGAUAUGAGCGACGAGAUGAAGUGCAAGUGUGAGAAGGACCAGUUUGCCUGUGACAACGGCAUGUGUAAGCCUAAGUACUGGGUGUGCGAUCGCGUCAACGACUGCGGAGAUGAGAGCGAUGAGAAACAGUGCAGUUGCGAUGACAAUGAAUGGCGCUGUGGCGACGGGACUUGUGUGCCUCAGGAAGUGGUGUGUGACACCAAGAAGGACUGUGGUGAUGGAAGCGACGAGGCCUCGUGUAAAGUCUCUCCAGGUAUCUGCUCUGACUUCAGCUUCAAAUGUAAGAACCAAGAAUGUAUAAAUAAGGUGAACGCCGAAUGUGACCGGGUGAAAGACUGCUCCGACGGCUCCGAUGAGGAGAGCUGCGACUGUGGCAUCAGGCCCUAUAAGCUGAACCGCAUUGUGGGAGGUGAGAAUGCCGAGCUGGGGGAAUGGCCCUGGCAGGUCAGCCUUCACUUUAUGACCAAUGGGCAUGUCUGCGGUGCCUCAAUCCUCUCUGACAAGUGGCUCCUUUCUGCUGCCCACUGCUUCCAGACCAGCAACUCCUUGAACCUUGUGACAUCCAACUGGCGAACCUACAGUGGCAUGCAGGACCAGUACAAGCAAGAUGAUGUACAGCUGCGCUCGGUGCAGACCAUCAUCACCCACCCAAAUUACAACCAGAUGACCUUUGACUAUGACAUCGCACUGCUGGAGCUCAGCCAGCCGCUUGAGUUCACAAACACCAUCCACCCCAUCUGCCUACCCGCUCCUUCCCACGUCUUCCCAGCAGGCAUGUCCUGUUGGGUCACCGGUUGGGGCACGCUCCGAGAAGGAGGUCGCACGGCACGGCUGCUGCAGAAGGCAGAGGUGAAGAUCAUUAACGAUACGGUGUGUAACGUGGUCACGGAGGGGCAGGUCACCUCCAGGAUGCUCUGCAGCGGCUUCCUGUCGGGGGGAGUCGAUGCAUGCCAGGGAGACUCCGGAGGGCCCCUGGCGUGCUUCGAGGAGAGCGGGAAGUGGUUCCAGGUCGGCAUCGUGAGCUGGGGCGAGGGCUGUGCUCGUCGAAACAAGCCUGGCGUCUAUUCACGCGUUACCAAGCUGAGAGACUGGAUUCGCGAGAUAACGGGGAUUUGA